AUGGCUGACAAACCAACACUCUAUUCCACAGUAUUCGACAAGAGUCACAAGCCUCCCGUUACUUGUACGGACGCAUCGUCUUCUCUUCCCCUCUUCUCUUCUUCUUCAACGUUUCCCCGUCAUCACCAACACUCUCCUGGAAACCCAAUGGCUUCCAAUCCGCAUCCCAACCAGCAGCCGCGAGGCUCAAUGCCUCCACCACCCGUGCCCUCUCACACAAUGGACAAGACAAAGAAGUUCGAUAUCAACAGCCUCAUGUCCCCGCCCGAGGCGGUCCUCGACAGCUUCAGCCAAAACAUAUCCAUGGCCCGCAGGGCAUCGGGCAGUCACGAUGGCCAUGGCGCCGGCCGGCCUACCUCUGCGCACCAGCCGCUGCCCAUGUCGCCACCCGUGUCGCCUUAUAGCAAACCAAUUGCGACCACGACGGCGCCGCCAGUCACGCCGCCCUCGAGCCAGUCGACGGUGCACGAUCCUCUUCUCUAUCCACACGACGAGCAUUCGCCCUCGAGCCCUCCGCAAGCACCUCUCUUUGCUCCCGCUGAACUCGAGCACCAGCGCAUCGUCGACCAACACGUCCGCGCCCGAUCCGAGAGCAUCUUUGCCGGCGUCGCGCCGCCGCGCCGCGAGGACUACGAGCUCGCUCUCACCUUUCGCUCGCACGUCAUGAAGCAUUUCACAUCCGACCGCAAAGGCUGGCUGCGCAAGAACCGCGCGCUGCUCGAGGCCGACCGCCGGGCCGGGGCGCAGCGGUACCCGACCAUCAUGCCGGCGAAGCCCAUCAUGGCCAAGCCCGUCAAGCACCGCAACACGGACCGUGUGUCCAAGACACAGGGUGGCCAGGGUAGUGCCCCGCGGGCGAUCCGCAACAACGUGCCAGCCACGACGCCUGCGAGAUCCGCCACCAGACCCGCAGGCCGCGUUACUAGCGCGACGCCGGAGCCAUCGCGCCGGAUCGUGGCGCCAAACCGAGAGGACAAGGACUUUGAGGCCCUGCCCGACUACUGCCCGCCCCUCAGCACGCUGCCCAACCGGCCCAACAGCCUCAAGGUGGAUUGGAAGGGACAGCCCAUUGACCUUGGCAACGAUGCGCACCGGCACCUGCUGCACCCGGACGAGGUGACGCUGGCCGGCAACCUGCGGCUCGACUGCGCGACGUACCUGACGAGCAAGCGGCGAAUCUUUGAGCGGCGGCUACAGUGCCUUCACGUGGGCAAGGAGUUCCGCAAGACGGACGCGCAGCAGGCGUGCAAGAUUGAUGUGAACAAGGCCUCGAAGCUGUGGACUGCCUUUGACAAGGUGGGCUGGCUGGACGCGCGCUUCAUGCGGCAGUUCCUAUAG